UUAUGCUACUUGACUAUGGGCCUCAUUGUUUUGCUCCUGGGCCUUGUGUUUGCAUCCAUGUAUGUCUACAGAUAUUUCUUCAUUACCCAGCUUCCCCGGGAGAGCGUGUUCCACUGUGGGGUCCUCUUCGAAGACUCUCUCUACUCGCCAUUUAAGGGGCAGUUGGAGUUGCAUGAGGAUGUGAAGAUUUACAUUGAGGAGAACUAUGAGCAGAUCAACAUCCCAGUUCCCCAGUUUGGGGGGAGUGACCCUGCAGAUAUAAUCCACGAUUUCCAGCGGGGGUUGACUGCCUAUCAUGACAUAGCCCUGGAUAAAUGCUAUGUCAUUGAACUGAACACCACUAUUGUGAUGCCACCUCGCAAUCUCUGGGAAUUGCUGGUUAAUAUGAAGAAAGGAACAUACCUGCCUCAGACUUACAUAAUCCAAGAGGAGAUGAUCGUUACAGAGCAUGUCAAUGACAUGGAGCAGCUUGGCUCCUUUAUCUACCGCCUGUGCAGCGGCAAAGAGACUUACAGGCUGAAGCGGAGGACUGCUAGGAGACGUAUCAAUCGACGUGAGGCUGGAAACUGUAAUCACAUUCGCCACUUUGAAAACACUUUUGUGGUUGAAACUGUUAUCUGCAAAAAGUCAUGA